UUUAGGACUUGCCCGAGAUACAUGACGUCUAUGCUAAUGUCUAAUGUAUAACCCUACAAUCUAACUAACCACCUGACAUUUACGUGACCUGGAAAUUCACCCCGCCUUCUUUACGAAAUGUGAUAAUUUAAGCUGUUCCUCGUCGAAAAGGUUUCUCUUCUUUUUUACGUCUGCCCGACUUGCAUUCCGAAGUCAAUCAGUCACCUUAUCGUUAAUUAAGAUGUUUUCCUCCCAAAUGUCAUUGUGGAGUAUGCCAUGCUUGUGGAUUGCUUCUAAUACCUUUGCCGUUUCGUUAUUUUAUGCUUUUAAAUCUCGACUUCUUUUUGCAUUUCUAUACGGUGGGCAUUCGAUAAGUCUACACUCUUCAAAGCAAUCGUAUCGCCACGAAAUUCGCAUAGGAGCGUUUUUCCACUUCGUCCUUUACCUAGUAUUCUCUUAAACUUGAAGUCCGUGAAGCUAAAAUUUUGCUAGUCUACAGGGGCGUUAGAAGAUGAUUGUUGAUUGCCGGAAGUUUGUUGUUGACUUAAUGAGGAACUGGAAGUUAACUUUGAGUGUGAUCGAAGAGUACGUGAAUUAUUGUCUCCGUGAGCCGGUACUAGUACUAGAUGAUGAGGGGAUUUAGGAUUCUCUUUUGCCUUGCGAGUUAGACAAGCAUAUGCUUUGAGUACCGAUGGAGAAUAGAAGAGUUUUUGAGAUCCAGAGCUCCGAUAUGCUCUCGGCGUAGAAACCAGUGAUCAAUCAUAGGUGGUAAGAAUACCAUAUCUAAACUCGUUUUCUCUCAUAUAAUUAUAGAUUUGUUAAACUACAUCUUUGCCUUUACUUGUAUGAUAAAACUCGGGAAAUGUC